UAGACAGGGAAAAGCUGUGCUGUGUCACAUCGGUUGAUAUAAUUCAGCUCACAAUUACUCGAUUCAAUUCAGUGAUUGGUGAAUUUCGUUUCGCAGUGAUACGAAAAAUUGACACAGAAGGAGCAAAGCAACUAUAGUUCGAUAUUUAUAAGCUAUAUAUUACAUUAAUGAAACUUGAAGCAUUAGUAAAGUUUGAUAUCCUUUGCUGUGUUUUACAAGUAUGAUGUAUGCCUAAGAUAAAGAAAUGGGAUCACAUUCUAAACGCCUGCUUCACCAUUGAUUGGAAUACAUUAGAAUCUAAAGUGAAUGAGUUUAAGGAGUUAUCAUUAAAUUCGAAAUUCUGCUGAUGGAAAGAAGACUCCGUAUUUGUUUCUAUUUGGGAUUGUUAUUGAUGUUAGGAUGUGCAGAUGAAAUUCUACUUCGUGCAGCAAAGACAAGCCUAGACUUAUUAAAUCUUUCGCAGCCUCUCUGGUCAGGAUUGGCAAAGAGCUUAGCAUGGUGUGGUUCCCUUUGUGCAGGAGAGCCACAUUGUGUAUCUCUGCUCUUUAAUAACACAGAGAAAUCUUGUAAGAUUUUCAACAUGUUACACCCGCUGGACGAUUCGACAGAGGAAGUAGAAUACUAUAUGAUAGAGAGAGCAAGUAAUCGAAAGUUACCAGAGUCCUGUGUGGAUCUUGCCAACUGUUCUGGGACAAGCACUGAUGGAGAAUAUUGGAUAUAUCCGAAAGCGACAAGUGGGCAGAGACUGAAAGUCUAUUGUCACAACAUGGGAACGAACCCGACAGAGUACCUCACCUUGAAGUAUACCAACACUUUUGUUCAACAUGACGGAUCAAACUGGAUAAUACAAUGGAAGCAAUGUCAAAGUAACUACAAGACUCCACUGAAACAGGCCACAUUUAGUAAAAUUGCAAUAAAUAUCCAGGAUAUGACUGUGAUUGGAACAGAUUACACUUUUGCUUCGCUUACGGGGGACUUCAAUCUUCCUUUUGGGACAACGGCGGAUUGUGCUGGAGAAAGCUUUCGUUCGAAUUGCCCUUAUUUCGGGAAUGCUGUCAUUAACUCUAGGGGGACAGGAAUGAUUCUUGAUCAAAAUAUUACAUGGAGUGUAGUAAAGGGAUGGAUGACUGCUAUACGAAAUUUACAACGUUCCGUGGAUGGCGCUGAAAUAUCGUUCCAAUGUGCAGGCUGGUGUGGAAAAUGUGGACCUUCAUCCGAGCCGAUAAAACUUCUUUUAUCAUCUGAAAUUGUGGCGGACGUAGAGGCAAACGCAGAGGUGUGCACCGUGUAGUGAGAGUUACCGUGUCUGAUAAAGGCGGCCCAGAGGAACGAAAUACACAUGGUGGUUGAUGAGUUGCUGGUGAUGUACACGAGGAAUCAAUUUUGCAAUUGGGCUCGAAUUUUCUCUAUUUCCAUUAACCUUAGAUAAGUUAUUGAACUUUUUGACAUGCCUUAUUGUUAUGGUAUUUAUUUGAAUGUUUGCAAUAAUUGCUGUCGUUAUUGACUACAUUUGUUUUCUGACCGUGGGGUAAAUCAAUGAUGUAUGAAAAGAAAUGCAUAAAACCAACGCAUAUCGUAAGGAUUAGCAGAAUUCGACAUCAAUACUUGACAGUUUGUUUCACUGACAUUAAAUGAACAUGAGUCUGAACAUCAUGCACAUGCUUUUUUAUUGCACAUGUAUGUAUCAUUACGGACGUCAGAAUUACAGUUUUUUGUAUUUUUGUGUUAAAUGAUUAUUCAUCACUUCAGUAAAUAUAUAUAUAUGUGUUAUACAAUUCUUUAUGAUAAAAUAUUCAUUUAUAUUAAUCAUUGCGAGGAUGUAUACGAAGUGAAAGUCAAUAAUGUUGCAUCACAAAUGUUGCUUUUAACACCAAUACAGAUUCUGCCUACUAUUAGUGUUCAUAAUAGGCCCACACGAUGUAUUAUUGACUAACAGACAACCCGAAUAUUGUUGCAGAGGCAGUUGUCUCUGUCAGCCUUUUAACGAUACCCUUCCAAGUUUUUGUGGAUUAUGCAGUUGAGGUUAGCGUCUGCUCAAUGUCCACAUGAUCGUCCCACAAAUGUCCAAACGGGUAUAACUCAUAGGACAUAGCGGACCAUAAUAGGUUGAUAAUGUUUGUUUCAAAGGAAUUUUGAGUAAAUUGUGCCGUGUUUCUGAAAAAAAAAACAUAUUACGAUUCGAUAUGUAAGAGCUUGUUCUACGUAUAGUCAGUUUUUAAAUCGAGGUAAGCUACUGACAAACAAGUUGAUGG